ACGAAUAUCAUCUCUCAGCUACAUCUCUAUCCCCACCAACAGAGACACAUCCUAUAAUCCAGUGCAUAAAUAACAAUGACCUCAGAAAGCUCAAGAAAUUACUGAAGGACAAUGAUGGUGCAGACCCAAAUAUACCUUCUCAACUCCAGUGGACACCUUUGCAUUAUGUCUCACGGUCCAAAGCACGACCUGAUUUUGUGGAUCUGUUGCUUAAAGCAAAAGCUAAUCCAGAUGGAUGGAGUCCUAUUCCUCUGCAACAACACAUGCCCACACCACUGCAAGUUGCAGCCAUUAAAGACAGGGAGGAUAUCAUGAAAAGACUCAUCUCUGCUGGCGCUUUGGUGACACUGCCGCCCAUUGUUGAUAAUCAGUCACUUACUAAGAGUAAAAAAAUAUCUCAGAUGGUUAAUCACCUUGCAGAAAAUGGAGAUAGAGUGUGUUCCCAAAUUAGACAUUUUUUUGAUAUGGAAAUUGCUGUAUUUGAAAAAACACCUGACGAAGUGUUUAAAAUGUUCAACAGUCACAUGUUGUUAGAGCAUCCUAGGUCUCAUCUGACCAUGACUGAAAUCCUUUUUACUGUUUCAGGGCCUGAUGAAGAAAAAUAUGGCCAUUUGUGUAUUAAAUGGCUAAAGGAAACUAAAAAUGUAAACGCUUACAUUACAGGUGCAGCCAGUCGCCUUUCAAACAUUCCUCAGACACAUGAAUGGAGGGCAGUCUAUAGUUUAAACCGAGUUUUCUGCACAAUGGAAGACAUAUCAAAUGAGCAUGCAGUAGCUAUAAUUCCACAACUACUGAAACUGCUUUGCUUAAAAGAGAUACCUGACAUCUGUGAAGCAGUGCUACAAACACUGUAUGUGAUAACACAGAAAACAAAAGGCACAAAGGACUGGCACGUCAACUUUUUAGAGAACUUAUGCAGAACAGUUGCCCCUUUUGUAAAUGAGCAGCACUCCACUAAGAUCAGGAUUUACACGUAUGCUAUAUUUGGAAACCUGCUGUCAGUUGAACAGACAGCAAAUAUUUUUAAAUCAGGGGGCAUAACUUCAGUGCCCGAGGACAUACUGACAUCUGUAGCAAUGGAAAUGGAUGACAGUCUGAAAAAGGUGGUGAGAGGUCUGAAAGAAUAUCUGAGCAAACCAAACUCAGAAUGUGAGGGAAACACAGCCUCAACUUUAGGGAAAAAGAAGAAAAAGAAGAAGAAAAAGAAGGAAAAGCAAGACCCAAAUGCUGAAGUUUCCACUGCAGCAACUGAACUAACAACAAAGCUUUCUGUUUUAGAAUCAACUUCAAAUGUAAAGCCUUUUGAAUACAGCAUCAUUGAAAAAUCAGAUAAACAAAAAUGGCUUCAAAUCAGCAAGAGGUGGAAGGACAAACUGGAGAAACUUGUUGGCACAGAUGACAGUAAAAUCUCCAGAAUCGGAAGCAUCAUUUAUGUGAAUGAUGCGGAUUUCAGAAUAGCGAAGGGAACCGAUGCUACUGAAGUCUUCUUGGGGCUGAGAGACGACGGCACAGAAGUUGCCAUUAAGAGAAUGUCUAAAAGCAACUAUGAAGUGCUGAAGAAUGAAGAAGGAAUCCUACGACUCCCUGAACUCGAUCAUUCUUAUAUCGUACGAUAUGUUGAUGCUCCAGAGGAUGAGAACUUUGGAUAUCUUUGUCUGCAACUUUGUGAAUACACCUUGGAAGAACAUAUCAAGAAUGAACGUGACCCACAGAUAUUAAAGGAACUUGUAAAACAAAUUCUUGAAAGUCUAAAGGUGCUUCACUGUGGAAAUCCUAAAAUUCUUCACCGAGAUCUAAAACCCCAGAACGUUUUGAUUGAUGUUACUGGGAGGGCAAGAUUAGCUGAUUUUGGCAUAAGCAGACGCUUACCCAAAGGCCAAACAACUUUACUUACACGCAGUGCAGGAACCAGAUGCUGGAUGGCCCGAGAGACUUUAGAGGAAGAAUCUGCAUCAUACAAGAAAAGCACUGACAUACAGGUGGCAGGCAUGCUGAUCUAUUAUAUCCUGUCUGGAGGGAACCAUCCAUUUGGUGACUUGAACGUUAAAUCCUUUAAAUGUGAGUCAAACAUUUACAAUGGAAACUACAGUUUGGAUCAAGUUCAAGAUGUGGUGGCAAAGGAUCUCAUAGAGUGGAUGAUCAACAAAGAACCGAAGGACAGACCCAAAGUAGAAGAAUGCUUGGCCCAUCCCUUCUUCUGGACUCCGAAAGAGCAGUUUCAAUAUUUGAGAGAGACCGGCAACAGGGAGGAGGUGGAAAACUGUCGAAAGGCUGAUGAAAAGCUGAUUGAUUCACUGGAAGCAUGUGCUAAUGGAUCCUUCAAACUGUGGAAAAAUAAGUUUCCUGAAGAGCUGGUUCGGAAGAUGGAAAAGGACAGACUGCCGUACCCUAAAACCACACUGGGAUUACUGCGCUUUAUACGCAAUUUCCAUGAGCAUGAUCAGUUUGUGGACAUCAAAUUGAGCCGCUUCAGAAACGACAGCUGGCACAAAAGCUCCGCCCUGACUGUCUUUAAAGACACGGUUGCUGCGUCUCAUCCAGAGUUUGAUGAUGAUGAUCAGAAAGAUGCCCACGAGUUCCUCGUCUGUGCUCUGGACGUGCUCCAGCGUGAGUUCUCUAAGCUGCAGGCAGAAGCAGCUGCCUUGGAUAAGCCUUACAUCUGUCCAGUUAGAGCUCACAAUGGCUUCAAGAUAUUGAGCACAAAGAGCUGCAACAGAUGUGGUGUGCAGUUCUUUGGGCGGGAGGACUACCUCCACCUCUCCCUGGACCUGUUGCUCAUAGUUGGACUCAUAGUUGGACUAUGA